CGCCAAGAGCAAGAGCAGGCGCCAAACCGCGUCAAGGCUUGCCCCGAUCUCUGCCCGAAGCAGACCCUUAUUCGCAGGUCUUGUUUUUGUUUUGGACCUUCAUGUCGUGUGACGGCAAAGGCCGUGCUUUGUUGUUCUUGUUUUGUAUCAGAUGCUGGUCGACGUUCCAAAGCUCUCGUUUCAACGGUUUUGCAGCAGCCUACUACAUUUCAUUGACUGGAGAUUUGGUGCCACAAUUAACCUCUUGAAGGUUGCUUUGUAUUGAAAAUCUUGGACGUUUUGAACGAUACUUUGUGGUGACCUUCGGGUUUGUUGUGGUUGUUCCUCCUCGAACAAUGGAGGCUGAGAAACGAGCUCAUCAUAACGCUCUUGAACGGAAAAGGCGUGAUCACAUCAAAGACAGUUUCAGUAGCCUUCGUGACUCGGUCCCUGCCCUUCAGAAUGAGAAAGUUGCAAGCCGAGCUCAAAUAUUGAAAAAGGCAUCCGAUUACAUUACAUACAUGAGACGUAAGAACAAUGCUCACCAGCAGGACAUUGAAGACCUGAAACGCCAAAACUCACUUCUUGAAGCUCAAAUUCGAACAUUAGAACGAGCUAAAGCAACAGGAAAUUUUGCUGCAGAAUCAAGUGAAGGGUUGUACAAAGGAGACUCCAGGGAGUAUCAAGAUUCUGAAUCUGAUAUGUCUGACACAGAGGUGACUCGAAAUGCUCGGCGUAAGAAGUUGAAGGUUGCUGGUGUUGGCCUGGGCUCUAUCUAAUUUUCUUUGUUUUUUUUUUAAACCUUCGUUGAUGUAAGCCUAAGAGGAAACACAAAUCUUGUAUUUAUAUUUAAAAUAGGAUAUUAAUGAUCCUAUCACAUUUCUGUUGUGGUGACAUUGCACAGUUUGACCAAUUUGAAUUGUGGGAAUAGUCAUGCUUUUCCCCCUUUUAUUGAUCUCUAUUCAUGGUCUUUUCUUUACUUACUGCAAGGAAGUGUUUGUUGCAGAAUACAAUUAAUCUACCUCCCACCAUUUUGUUACAUUAUACUUAAUGUAGACCUUUGCUGGAAGAAAACAUCAACUUUAAGUAAUAUUUGGCUUGCUAUUUUCUUUUAAUUUGUUUUCUUGUUAAUGUGAUCAGUUCAUGGUCUUAAGAACUUAAUAUGUAGGAAAUCUCUGUAUAUUUUAAUUAUGCUUAUGUGAUUGUAUCAUAAAGUAAAUUUCAGAUAUCAAGGAUAUUCCUUUGCUAGUACAUAGAUCAACUUGAUAUGGUUAUGCCAGUGCAUGCAUCUGUGAUACACACUGCAAGAAAAUCUUUUGUUCUAAGCAGCCCUAACUUGCAUUUCAAAAAUACUGAGGACCAAAACUAUCAUCCUUCAUGAUUUUUUUAUUGACAGUUUCCAGCUUCUCUUUUUGCAACAGUCUUAUUCAAAUUUCUUGCAUUCAAUGAAAUUACUCAGUGUGUAGCCUAAAGAAAAGAGGGGAAAUUUGAGAUGCAGUUUUGAAAAUCCUAGGAAUGUUUAUUUUUUUUCCUUUUUCUUUUUAACCAGUUUGCUAUUUUAAAAUCACUACUAAUGUUUGGCAAUGUACAAUUUGUUAGUAGAAGACCUGUACAUCUAUCCUUAAGUAGUACAUAAAGUGUGGUGCAUAAUUUUAAUGUAUGGAACGUAAUUGGCAAAUGCUUUAGUGUGAACUAGGAUCGAGAUUUAGGAUUGUUUUCACUUUAGAACAAAAAGUUUUCAUGACUUCCCCCCUCAUAUAGGUUCUGUUAAAGACAGCCUCACAAUGGCAAUGUCAGAAAUGGCUAGCCUGUUCUUGCUUUGAUGAGGAGUGAAGCUUUUAUGUUUAAUGUGUAAAAUUUGUUGUGUAGGUUACAGUAUUGAUACAUGCUACAUGCUCAAUCCAGAUUGUGUACAAUGCCUUCAAAUCAUAAGGGGAUCUAAUGUUAAUCUCUUAUCUCUAGAUAUGAUUCUGUAUCAAUAAAUAAAUGUAGGUUUUUUGUAUACUUAAAUUUA